GCUCUACUUGUCGAUUUAGUCCCCAUCCACGAGCCCGCUGGAGCCAGUCACCAUCCUUCCCACGACGUGCUGCCCUGCGCCUGCAACCAUGUGCCGCACCCUGGCCACCUUCCCCACCACCUGCCUGGAGAGAGCCAAAGAGUUCAAGACACGUCUCGGAAUCUUUCUUCACAAAUCAGACCUGAGUUCUGAGGCUGGCAGUGUUGGCAAAUUCGAAUGGGGCAGCAAACACAACAAAGAAGGUAGAUGCAUCACAGAAGACGUCCUGGGGUGGAGAGCGUCCUUCGACUCCUUGCUGAGCAGUAAAAAUGGAGUGGCCGCCUUCCACGCCUUCCUCAAGACGGAAUUUAGCGAGGAGAAUCUGGAGUUCUGGCUGGCCUGUGAGGAGUUCAAGAAGAUCCGAUCGGCUGCCAAACUGGCCUCUAGGGCUCACUGCAUUUUUGACGAGUUCAUCCGCAGCGAAGCCCCUAAAGAGGUGAACAUUGACCAUGAGACCCGGGAGCUGACCAGGACGAACCUGCAGGCGGCCACGGCCACGUGCUUUGACGCAGCACAGGGGAAGACGCGCACCCUCAUGGAGAAGGACUCCUACCCACGCUUCCUGAAGUCACCUGCCUACCGGGACCUGGCCGCCCAAGCCUCUGCCACCUCUGCAUCCAGCUGCAGCCCGGCUGAGCCCUCACAUACCUGAACCUCCAGGGUGGAAAAGAGGCCAGCAGGAAGAGAGGUGGAGUCGCCCCUCCCUGAAGCAGCUGCCCUUGUCUGGGAGGCAGGUUCUUCCCAGCAAGUGCAAGAGGACAGUGGAGGGGAACGGGUCUAGCAGCCUGUGGAUACCUGCUCCUUCCAGAUACUGUGGGCUGGGUGUCAUGUGUGAGAACACCUCUUUCCAGGACUUAUAGCUAAGGGCUCUUUGGGGACAAACAUGGGGCUAUGGCAGUUAACCCUGGCUCUUGGGCUUCCAACUGGGGCAAAGACAGAUUCCAGGGAAACUGAAGAGGACAGAGGAGGUCAACCAGAAUUUGCCUGGGAUCAGUUGACUUGGCUCUCAUCUCCCUUUCCCAGUUCCCUGACUGGACUCAGAAGGAGCCCAAUUGUGGAAUCUUCCUGUUCUGCCUGCUCCCCUAUCCCUGUCCCAGGUCACCCUGGGACACCUUGGCUUCUGCUUCUCAAUGCUCCUCUGUGUCCCUCACAGUCUUUCCAAAGUCAGCAAGUCUGUGUGGUUCUUGCCCAGAAUGACAUUUGUAUACCUCAAAGACUGAGUGGCCCACGAGCCCCAAUAAGGUGCCACCUUGUGCCUGUGGAUGCAGCCUGGUGCUCUUGGGUCUGAUGUGGAGGCCCCGGCCCUGUGUGUGCAGCAGUUCCACCCAUGAGUGGGCCACUGGGCUCUGUGUGCCCUUGGAAGGGAGGCCCAGAGGAAGGGAGCUGAAGCCCUCAGGGGCAGCAGGGAACAAGGGGGACAGGAAUCGAAAGAAACACUUCUCUCAGCAGAACCCAGAAGUCCUGCAGAAAACAGACUGUUGUUUUCUGCACGCACGAGAAGAGACAAAGAGAUGCCCAAGGUGGGGGUGAACCUCGAGUUUCUCUUCUGUGGAUGUGAGGUGUAUGCUGGAGCACUGGAAGGGAUGGGACAGGGACCAUGACAGCCCAGGAGCGCAGAGCCUGAGGCUGCAGCUGUGGAGCAGGCCUGCGUGGAAGGGCCAGGUGGGAGAGUCAGGAUCGGGGGCCACCUCAGGCCAUGCCAGACAGACAUUCUGCUCCAGAGCCAGGAUAGGGGCGAGUUCACCUGACAGGCCCCUCUUGCCCCACAAGAGCCAACACUGCCCUCUGCGCCCUUGAACUCCUCUAGGAGAAAAGUAUUUAAGUUUAAUAUGUUGCCAGUAUGCCGAGUGUUGUGUAUUAUUUUUGUUACCAUUGUUGUUAUUGACUGUCAUUAUGUAUUUUUGGUUACCAUUAUUGUUCUUAUUAUUUAUUAUUAUGUUUCAUUUUUCCCACUGGAGAAUCUCAGCAGGUGUCACUGCCUGACUGUCCCCACCCCACCAGACUCUACCUCUGAAUGUGCUGGGAGCCACUUUGGGCCUGUCGGGAGCGCAUCACUAUGUAGAUAUUUAUUUAUUGUUCACCAAGGGAACUGGGUUCCUCCAUGUGAGUGAUGUAUGCAGUCUCUGCCAGCAUGUUAUAUUCUUAUAAAAUAAAAAUAAAACUCAAAU